CGUGGCCGUACGGGCUGGGUGCCGGGUCUAAGGUGCGAGCGGACCCGCGGCGGGCUCGGGCACAGAGUGGGGGCGCGCGGCGGAGAACAGCCAGCCCAGCCCAGUCCAGCCCAGCCCCAGCAGCGGCAAGGCGGCGGCGGCGGCCCCCAGUCCGGUCGGUGCCAGGCCUCCGACCGAUCGGCUGCUGAGCGGGGCCUCGGCCCCGGGCGCUGGCGGAGCUCGCCGCGGCGAGCAGCAGGAGGAAGCGGCGGCGGCGCGUCCCGAGCCGUGCGCGCCAUGUCGGGCGGACCCCCCAGGGCCCUGCCGUCCACGGGGCCCCACUCCCUGCGCGACAUGCCGCACCCGCUGGCCGGCUCCAGCAGCGAGGAGGCCGUGGGCGGCGACAGCACGCCCAGCCCGGACCUGCUGAUGGCCCGCAGCUUCGGCGACAAGGAUCUCAUUUUGCCCAAUGGUGGUACACCAGCAGGCACAUCAAGCCCAGCUUCUUCAUCUUCCCUUCUCAACAGACUUCAACUGGAUGAUGACAUUGAUGGUGAGACCAGAGAUCUCUUUGUCACGGUCGAUGAUCCCAAGAAGCAUGUCUGUACGAUGGAGACCUACAUCACCUAUAGGAUCACCACCAAAAGUACCCGGGUGGAAUUUGACCUGCCAGAAUAUUCGGUCCGUCGAAGAUACCAAGAUUUUGACUGGUUGAGGAACAAACUGGAAGAAUCCCAACCCACUCAUCUCAUUCCCCCUCUUCCAGAGAAGUUUGUGAUGAAAGGUGUUGUGGAUCGUUUUUCAGAAGAAUUUGUAGAGACCAGAAGAAAAGCUUUGGAUAAAUUUCUAAAAAGAAUUACCGAUCAUCCUGUGCUUUCCUUCAAUGAACACUUUAAUGUUUUCCUCACCGCUAAGGACCUGAAUGCCUACAAGAAGCAGGGGAUGGCACUGCUGACCCGGGUGGGUGAGUCGGUCAAGCACGUCACCGGGGGCUACAAGCUGAGGAGUCGGCCCCUGGAGUUUGCAGCCAUCGGCGACUACUUAGAUACAUUUGCCCUCAAACUGGGAACCAUUGACCGAAUAGCCCAGCGGAUCAUCAAAGAAGAAAUAGAGUACCUUGUGGAGCUGAGAGAAUAUGGGCCCGUGUACUCCACGUGGAGCGCAAUAGAGGGUGAGCUGGCUGAACCCCUGGAGGGUGUGUCGGCUUGUAUUGGGAACUGUUCGACAGCCCUGGAGGAGCUGACCGACAACAUGACAGAAGACUUUCUGCCUGUGCUCAGGGAAUAUAUUUUAUACUCUGACUCCAUGAAGAACGUGUUGAAGAAAAGGGACCAAGUUCAAGCAGAAUACGAAGCCAAACUGGAAGCUGUGGCUCUGAGGAAGGAAGACCGGCCCAAGGUGCCAGCGGACGUUGAGAAAUGCCAGGACCGGAUGGAGUGCUUCAACGCUGACCUGAAGGCCGACAUGGAGAGGUGGCAGAGCAACAAGCGGCAGGACUUCCGCCAGCUGCUCAUGGGAAUGGCGGACAAGAACAUCCAGUAUUACGAGAAGUGCCUCAUGGCGUGGGAGUCGAUUAUUCCAUUGCUACAGGAGAAACAAGAGGCCAAAUAAGUUCCUUCUUGGGACAGACUUUUUCUGACACAGGGUGUGGCAUCCCACACUGAACUGCCCCUGCAGUGCCAGAGAGGGACAGCGCUGGGAAGACGACCACAGAACAUCUCUCCUUUGUGUGUUUCUUGCCCUCCCCCCUUCCUUCAUCCCACAGUUGUUUUCAGUGAGUAUUUAUUCCCUGGUGGAGUCUGUGAGGCUGCCUGUGAUCAUCUCUCAGCAGAAGCGUCCCUCCGUGUAUGCCUGUUAAAGGAACACUAAGAUUUGAAACUGAGGGUGAAGACAGCCCUCAGCCGGCACUCUGACAUCUCCUUCCAGUUUCCCCUCUGAGGACAGCUGAGUUGCCUGUUGAAGGAGAGAAUCUAGGGCCUGGUUCUCAAGGAGAGAGGCAUGAAGGGAAGGCAGCUGCUACCUCCUGUGGGUACACGGUGGCUCUGUGAUUGUCCUCUGUGGGCCCCGACUCGUCUCAGUGGCCUGCGGCUGCAGGUGCGGACUGCUGCCUGCCUGUGACGAGCGACGCCUGUUUGUUGUUUUCUGGUUCGCGUCAGGCCCUGUCAAUCUGCCCCGUGUCUCUGUGCAUUCACCCUUGAGCGAGUGAGCCAGCGUCCUUAUCCGUACAUCGACGCGUCAGGAAGCUAAGGGGAUUGCACCCUGAACUUUCUUCUGACACUAGAAUGCAAUAGAUUGGAAACUGUGUUUGUGUAAAAUGAAAAAAAAAAGGUGCAUUUUUCUCUGGGAUGUUCUUAAAUGUUUUUCUUUUGCUUGGUAAAUGUCAUCAGAGUAGGGAUUAGACCGUGCGGGAAUAUCUGUUGUCUUGAAGUCAGAGUCAUUCCCUUUUGUGAGCUCAGCGGGGUCCAAAGCCCCACUUCCAGUGUCUGCUUCAUGGAAUUUGCCUUUACCACACCAAAAAUACCUAGUUAAAUAGUUCUUGCCAUGUCCUCUGAGUGUUUGGGCAACUUUUUGAUGAGAGGCUGGGAUGUCAUAUUGUUUAAGAAUUUGUAAACUAAAUGUGAAUGUUAUACAUGAAGUGCUUUAACCCCUCAUAGUCCCUGGUCAGGAAGAAAAGUCAGUCUCUGGACGAGGACCAGUUUGACGACAAACUGCUUCCAGUCAAGCUGAAAUCCCCAGAUCUCCUCAAUUUGUAGCCAAAUUCCUGGGGACUUCUGACUGCAUCUAAAGUUUUCAUUUCAAACUAUUACAAGGUUUAUUUUUCAAAAUCAAAAUAAAACAAAUAGGUAAAAAUGUUCUAUCUUUCAACUCCCUUUUUUUCCCCUCCUGAAAUGAAUUUAUCUAUGUCAUGUUUGUAGUCUUUCAUCUAAGAAAGAAUAUUUCAUCCCUAUGAAGUGAUAAAUCUGAGCCUCAAAUAAGUGGUAGGUUUUUUUUUGUUUUGUUUUGUUUUGUUUUCUUCAAUGAAACGGCUACGCUAAAGCUUCAUACACAAGCUAAUGUGUCCACUCUGGUUAACAUGCAGCCUGCUGAAGUUCUUUCAUUCCACCUCUAACUGCAGAGUUGACCUGGUUGUGUCAGCUGCUGUUGGGACAGCAGUUGGAUGGCACCAAACAGUUUGGUUCUGCUUCAUCAUGUUUGAAAAAGUCACAAUUUGCAUGAUAAUUUUUAUGUCUCAUGAUACUUGCCUUACUGUAGGCCCCCUUUUGUGCCAUCCCAAAAUCCUUUGAUGUGAACUCUCAGUUUGGUACAAUUAGAAAUGGUCCAGUGAAGGGGACGGGUAAGAGCAGUCCAUCCAUCCCCAUUUCAGGUUCUACCUCUAAGCCCAGCAUGGAGCGGGCGCUUGGGUCUGACCUGAUGGGCAGUCCAUAGACUCGAUAUCUCAUCUGCUGAUCUUUGGCAGAAGACACCAGGCCGGCCCAGCAGCAGGGGCCCAUCUUUGGGAAUGUACGUAUGAAGCCUUGUCUUGCGGAAUGUGUGCUCCACAAAUGUUGCCCCGUAUAGUGAAUGCAUGGAAAGAGCUGUGACAAGAGUUAUAGCAAAACUAGAACUAGACUACCUACCAGUUGCCAAAGCCCAGGAACAUUCCUAUGUAAUGACUAGUUGGAAGAGAAGGCAGCCCUUCCAAAAAGUUAUCAGGUUCCUUAGGAAGCAGAUGUGGGGAAGGAAGUGGGGUGCACGGUCCUUUACCUCAUUAUUUGAGGCAGGGGACAGAAGAGCAACUGAAGAAAUCCAGGCACCUGGGAUCCUGUCUCACCCUCGUUUGGUCCCUGUGUUAUGUUUCUGGGCUUUAAGACACUAGAAAGGACUGAAACAAGACAAAUUCCUGUCCUCCAGGCAUGCCCUUGACAGAAGAGUUGGGAAAACUAGGGUACUCUACCAACUUCUUUGGAGAAAUGGUCUUGCCAGAGAAGGGACCCUGCCCCUUUCUUCAGACUGGCACCUGACGAGGUGUGGCAGCUGACCUGGGAGGCAGGGGACAGUAGACAGGGAGGCUGUCCAGCCCCACAGCCUCUCAGGCCCCUGACAGUCAGCCAUCCCGAGCAUCUGCCUCUCUAUCUUGUUCAGCAAAAAGGUGAUUCCCAGCCAAAGAUGGCCUCACCCCAUCCUUCUUGGCUCCACUAAGUUGCAGUCCUGACGUCCCCCACUCCUCUCUCAUAUCUGUUUUCCAGGAGAUUUUUGCUUGAGGGCACGCCUUACCUCAGGUAGAUGGGCUCAGACAGGUUUUGUGCUUGAGUGUAUCACAUUGCAAGGGAAUGGAAUGGAAAGUUGUCUGUGGUCACUUUCUGCCUCCAGCCUGGAGAAGGCAAAGGUUGCAUUCGCCCAGGUUAAAAAUCCAGAUUAAGCAGUCUUUAGAAAUGCAAAUAAUGUUUGAGAGCGGUGGUUGUGAUUUGUAGCAGGCAGGAAAGACACUAUUCUUCCUUAACACAGUAGAUCUGUAAGAAGGUUCUAGGCUACUCUGCCCAUGCAAGGAACCAUUGUUCCUAAAUGAGGAGGGAACGUGCUACACAGCCGGAUUUGGGUUGGGUUUUAUCCUUUAAUAUGGUAUUAUUCAUGCUUCCUGGUAAACUUAGAAAAGUGCAUUUUGGAAGCCAUUGGCUCGCUAUUUUUACCAUGCUCCCACUGGCCUCCUAGUCGCUGUUCUUGAGCUGAAAUAGCAAAAACCAGCACAACUCUGGGGAUCAUGGUGAAUAUAAGACUUAAGUCUGUUUCAUGCCAAAUUUUAGCCCCACCCAGAGUGUGUUCUAGAUCUCCUCGAAUUGAAGGUGUCUGUGUUUCUCAGUCACCACUCCACAGGAGAUGAAAUCAAUGCGCUUCUGCCACUCAUCCCUUGUGAGGCAGCCUUUUGUGGUGGAACGACAGGAAGUUCUGCUUUAGGGGAGGGCCCGAUGGCCAAAGAUCUAGGUCAGGAAGGGACCAGCCCAAGAAACACCUAGAGCUUGUGUGUCUGGGUCUCACUGUUGAUGGCACUGAAAUCGUGGGCACCUGGCUCCAGGCGCCAUUCUACUGCUGUUCAUUGGGUUGCAGAAUUGAGCAUCCUGUCCUGAGCUGGUGAGGGACGAGGGAGCAUGAGGUCAAGGGUGACCUCCAAGGUUUGGGGUGGGCCUGAGCUCUUUGGGGCUUGGGAUGAGGUGGGACCAGCUAGAGGGUGUUGCUGGUUUCCCUAAAGGGUGCCUCCUCUCAGAAGAUGCCCUUGGUCAGGGUGGGGCACGCCAAUCCCAAACCCCGUCUUCCCAGACACCUACUUUAAGGGCUGGGGAAUCUGGGGAAUCUAAUUAUAUGGCUGUUGUAAAAAUGACUUGGCCGCCCUCGCUGACAAAAUUAUGUUGGGAAUUUGGGUUUACAUUCUUAUUUUCAGAAGUCCUCAAGAUGGCAAGAGAUUAGACAUGCCCUCUCAGUUAUGUUUUCUCUACUCAGAUGGCAGGUGGCAUUUACCAGUAAAUUUGAGGAAAAUGUCAUUCCCUGGGCCAAAUUUACGACUGGGCUGGGUGAUUGGAGUUGUUCUCUUUCUCAUGGUUUUGUAAUUCAGUGAAUAAAGGAAUCUGACUUUUCAUCAGCCCACCCCAUAGGUUGUCACCUUUUCAUUUUAAGGAUGUCUGGUUUCCAUGUGUUGCAAGAUAAGAGCUUGUGCAGGGCCAUCUGCAUGAGAAAAGAGGUUGGGGUGGGGGCCUUUGCUACAGGGUAUUCUUUCUUAAUCAUAUGUGUUUGAAAUGCAUUCUGGGUAUGACUGCCUAACCCUUUCUAUGCGGCAGAAAAAUACGUAGUCCAGGUGGUUUUUACUACAAUAGAUAGCCUGUAAAUAAAUGCUUUGAAAAAAGAACUUUAACAAAUCAAUAAGGUAUUUGUCUCACAUAUAAACAUUUUGUGUAUUUAGCACUUGAAAACCAACAAAUCCAGAAUUUAAAAAAUGUCACAGACUGUUAAAAGCCAAAUUCUACUUUUUGAGAAAUUGUGAACACCAACUAAUAUGCCUUAUUCUUCAGCUAGUAUUUUUAAAAUUCUGGGUAGAAAGGGUUUUAGAAUAUAAUCAGUUGUUCAGCUUAAAUACUAAAGACAUAACAUUGCCAGUCCUCAGUCCUACUAAAGAAACUUGCAAGAAAGUAAAGUGCAUAAUUAGGGAUACCUUUUGGGGGAGAAAGCAAAGCAUUGCUAUUGCCAAAUGAUAUUUUUGAUAAUGUGAGGAAACACAGGGACCAUAAAACCUUUUUUGUUUUCAAGCAUGAAAGACUAACUUAGUGCUUUUUGGCACACUUUUGAUUUUAGACGAUAUGGUAUCAGGACUGAAAAAUCAUACAGAUACAAAGAAAUCUAUAGAUUAUGACAGUAUUAAAGGUUUACCCCGAUUCUACAAAACAGCUUUUUAAGAUACUGUGGGGGUUUAAGAGCAGCAUGUUUCAGAUGGAAAUUCUCCACAGGUUGAAAUGCCAAAAACAAAAAACCCAUUAUGUUGGCUCACGUAAUUCUGUCCAUUUCAGCAGAGCUUUUACUACUAAAACCAGUGAUGGGCAGGAUGGUAUACACAUCUCUCCCAGCUACACCACCCUCUCUUAAGGUGAUUCUGGGCUCCGCGUAGGCUGAGUCAGAGCAGCUAACACCUGUCAACACCCCCAUCUGACAGGCUCGUUCACAGCCUCAGACCAGUCCUUCAGGUGGCAAAAGAUACAAAGAUGGAGGGAGAAUCUCUUUUCCUUCGUAGGGACAGGAGGAAAGAAGGAAGUAGAUUGCAUACAAAAAUAUGAACCAAUAUGGUGAAGCGAUGCCUGUGUUAGCUCAGCUGAGCCUUUGUCAAAUACCAAACCAGCAGCUCCACAGUCAGCGCCAUUCACCUGGACACACCUGAGGUUGUGGUCUUACCCAAUAGAUGCUCCAUCUGUCGUACUUCUGUGCACCUGUUCCCCUGGGCUCUGUGAGUUGGGAAUGCACUGAGAUGUGAUGUACACCUGAUACAUUCCCAUGAAAUAAACUGCCAGCAAACUUCCUAACUUGUAUUUUAACUGCCCAAGAAGAGAGAGAGAGAGAAAAAAAACUUUUGCUUAGGUUAAGUCCAGAUUAUGGACUGUAUUUCUUAUUUUUAAAGAUCAUUCUUUAUGUUUAAAAAUUUUAAAAUGAACAUUCCAAGGUAUUAAUAAAGUCCUCUGUGUAAAUGUGUUGUUUUCUAUCCAUGCUGCCAUUAAGCCAAAAUAAAAACUGUGAAAAAAAAAAAAAAGUGCUUGAGAGAGUUUGUCGAUGAGAAAGUGAUUUAUUUACAGAUCUAAGUCUUUGUUUCAUGAAGCUACCAAACUUUUAAAAGAAUGUCACCUUUUUUCUUUGUUAUGAAACCCAGAGACUGUAAAAAAGAAAGAAUUGUUUUUAUUGAAUUUUUGAUGCUGGCACGAAGUUCUUGUCCACCUUUUUUUCAUAUAUCUAUGUAUAAAAAAGUUGUUUACUAUGGGAUUAGUACUAUACUUUGAGGUUAAAAAAAAAAGGAUUUGUAUUGCUUGAUAAACUCUUAGCUUGUAAAUUUAAAAAAGUUUCUUUACCUCAAUUAACUUAAAGUAAUGGACCAAUAAACCUAUAAAAGAUGCUUUCUUUA